ACGAGAAAGAAGAGAAAAGGUGAGCAGGUCGCUGUAUGCCAAGGACAGGGAGGUAAUGUGACUUCAUCACCUGAUUCCAUGAAUGAAAAUUCAACAGCCACACCUCCGGAUGAAUAUGGUCAGGGUGAUGCCUCACCACAGCAAGAUGAGGAACCUGCAUUUCCACAUACUGACCUGGUCAAGUUGGAUGACAUGAUCAACAGGCCUCAAUGGGUGGUUCCUGUUUUACCAAAAGAAGAAUUAGAAGUGCUUUUAGAAGCUGCCAUUGAUCUUAGUAUAAAAGGCCUUGAUGUUAAAAGUGAUGCAUGUCAACGUUUUUUUCGAGAUGGGCUAACAAUAUCUUUCACUAAAAUCCUUAUGGAUGAGGCAGUGAGUGGAUGGAAGUUUGAAAUUCAGAGAUGCAUUAUUAAUAACACUCACUGCCUUGUGGAGCUUUGUAUAGCCAAGUUGUCCCAAGAUUGCUUUCCACUCCUAGAACUAUUAGCCAUGGCCUUUAAUCCUCAUUGCAAAUUCCAUAUCUACAAUGGUACACGUCCUUGUGAAUCAGUUUCCACAAAUACUCCGUUACCAGAAGAUGAACUAUUUGCUCUUUCUUCAGAUCAUCAAUCACCAAAAGGUUGGCUUGUGUAUCUCAUUAAUAAAUUUGGCAUUAUAAAUGGGUUUCAGAUUUUGCUUGAUCGUUUCAUAAGCGGAUCAGCAUUAAAUGUUCAAAUAAUUGCAGCUUUUAUUAAACCAUUUGGACAGUGCUAUGAAUUUCUUUGUCAACACACAGUAAAGAAAUACUUUCUCCCAAUUAUCAAUAUAAUUCCACACUUAGUGGAAAAUUUAACUGAUGAAGAAUUGAAAAAAGAAUCAAAGAAUGAAGCCAAAAAUGAUGCACUUUCAAUGGUUAUUAAAUCUCUGAAGAAUUUAGUUUCAAGAAUUUCAGAACAAGAAGCAAUUGUAAAAGUUCUAGAAAAUUUUAGGUUGAAAGUGAUACUUAGAUUGUUACAGAUUUCUUCUUUUAGUGGAAAAAUGAAUGCACUAAAUGAAAUCAAUAAGGUAAUAUCUGAUGCAUCUUACUGUACUCAUCGACAUGGUAAUACUAAGGAAGAAAAAUGGCUAACAGCUGAGCGAAUGGCAGAAUGGAUACAGCAGAACAAUAUUUUGUCUGUGGUCUUACAAGAUAAUCUUCAUCAGCCACAGUAUGUGGAAAAAUUGGAGAAGAUUCUUCGUUUUGUGCUUAAAGAAAAAGCUCUUACAUUACAGGAUCUUAAUAAUAUCUGGGCAGCACAGGCAGGGAAACAUGAAGCCAUUGUGAAGAAUGUGCAUGAUUUGCUGGCAAAAUUGGCUUGGGAUUUUUCUUCUGAACAAAUGGAUCAUCUUUUUGAUUGCUUUAAGGCAAGUUGGACAAGUGCAAGCAAUAAACAGCGUGAAAAGCUACUUGAACUGAUAUGUCGUCUCGCAGAAGAUGAUAAAGAUGGUGUGAUGGCACAUAAAGUAUUAAACCUUCUUUGGAAUCUGGCACACAGUGAUGAUGUACCUGUAGACAUCAUGGACCUAGCUCUCAAUGCCCACGUAAAAAUGCUAGAUUAUAGUUGUUCCCAGGAUCGAGAUACAUUAAAGAUCCAGUGGAUAGAUCGUCUUAUAGAAGAACUUCGCAGAAAUAACAAGUGGGCAAUUCCUGCACUGAAACAAAUAAGAGAAAUUUGUACUUUAUUUGGUGAAGCACCACAAAAUAUCAGUAAAAUUAAGAAACCUAGGAAAUUUCAUGGGGAAUCCACCAUGCAUGUCUCAAAUUCAGCGAAGCCACCAGAUAGCUUAUAUCGUCAUGAUUUAAUCAACCAGCUUCAGCGUGAUCAUGCUUUAGUUACUUUGGUAGCAGAAAACCUUUCAGAGUAUAUGAAUAGCAUCAGAUUGUACGCUAGAGAUAAUGAAGACUAUGACCCACAAACUGUGAGGCUUGGAAACAGAUACAGUCAUGUUCAAGAAGUUCAAGAACGACUUUACUUCCUUAGGUUCUUAUUGAAGGAUGGCCAACUCUGGCUAUGUGCUCCCCAAGCCAAUCAAAUAUGGAAGUGCUUAGCAGAGAAUGCAGUUUAUCAUUGUGAUCGUGAAGCCUGUUUUAAAUGGUAUUCCAAGUUAAUGGGAAAUGAACCUGACUUAGAUCCUGACAUUAAUAAGGAUUUCUUUGAAAGCAAUGUGCUUCAGCUUGAUCCUUCCUUGUUAACUGAAAGUGGAAUGAAGUGUUUUGAAAGAUUCUUCAAAACAGUUAAUCAUCGAGAAGGGAAGCUAGUAGCAAAAAGGAGAGUCUAUAUGAUGGAUGAUUUGGAGUUAAUAGGAUUAGACUACCUUUGGAGGGUUGUGAUUCAGAGUAGUGAUGAUAUUGCCAGCAGAGCUAUAGAUCUUCUUAAAGAGAUAUAUACAAACCUUGGUCCCAGGCUGCAGAUGAAUCAGGUGGUUAUCCAUGAAGACUUUAUUCAGUCUUGCUUUGAUCUUCUGAAAGCAUCAUAUGACACAUUGUACACCUUGGAUAGUGAAAACAACAAUAUUAAUUGUGUGAGACAAGAAGUCAUACGAAUGGUUCGAGUGUUAACCGUUCUGAGGGAGUACAUAAAUGAAUGUGAUAGUGAUUAUCAUGAAGAAAGAAUGAUUUUACCCAUGUCAAGAUCUUUCCGCGGCAAACACCUAUCUCUUACAGUUCGAUUUCCAAAUCAGGGCAGACAAGUUGAUGACUUGAACAUAUUAUCUCAUACAAAUGAUACAAUUGGUUCAAUUCGUCAUUGUAUUCUUAAUCGUGUUAAAGCCAGUGUAGCCCAUACAAAAGUUGAACUUUUUGUAGGUGGUGAAUUGAUAGGUUCUGAAGAUGACACAAAGCCAAUUGAACAAAUAAAUUUAAAAGACAAAUCUCUAAUAACAGCCAGGCUUACACAAAGAAAAUCAAACAUACCUUCAAGUCCAGAUAGCUCUUCUGAUUCAUCAUCUGGAUCCCCUGAAAACCAUUGUAAUCAGAGCACUGAUGGUCAUGGUUCAGGAGUAGAAAGUUGUUUGCCUGGUGUUAUAAUGUCACUGCAUCCAAGAUUUAUCUGUUUCCUUUGGCAACUUGCAGAUUUAGGUAGCAGCCUAAAUAUGCCGCCUCUUAGAGAUGAAGCAAGACUACUUAUGGAACUUAUGCCACCAGAUAACACAACUAUAGAAAAGUUAAGAAUGAUAUGUUUGGGACAGGCAAAACUUGAAAAAAGUAAUUGUGAUCCAUCUCUUGAAUCACUUUUCUUUGGUUCUUCUGCCUCGCAAGUUCUAUACCUAACAGAGGUAAUCUAUGUGUUGUUGAUGCCUGCUGCUACAUCUCUGGCUGACAAUUCCUUAGACUUUCAAUUCCAUUUCUUGAAAAGUGGUGGCUUGUCCCUUGUAUUGAGUAUGCUAAUAAAAAACAACUUUUUACCGAAUACAGAUACAGAAACUCAAAGGGGCAUUUACUUUAAUGCUCUUAAAAUCGCCAAAUUGUUCCUAACUGCCAUUGGUUAUGGCCGUGUUCGUGCUGUGGCAGAAGCUUGUCAGUCAGUGCUCGAUGGUACAGAUCCUGUAACAACGAUUAAUCAAGUUACUCAUGGUCAGGCAGUGGUGCUACAUAGUGCCCUUCAGAUCAUUCCUAAUCCUUCUGCUGAUUGCAUGCUCAGAAAUGUAUCAAUACGUCUUGCUCAGCAAAUAUCUUAUGAGGCCUCAAGAUACAUGCCUGAUAAUUGUGUAAUUAGAGCCAUAAAGAAAAUUACCUGGGCUUCAGGAUGUGGGGCAUUAGAGCUAGUAUUUAGCCCAAAUGAAGAAAUCAGUAAUAAUUAUCAGAUGAACCUUAUUGCACACCAUAAGAUGAAGAUAGAAGAUGAACAGAUUUGCUGUGAAGCCUUGGAAGUGAUGACAUUGUGUUUUGCUUUAAUUCCAACAGCAUUACAUGCAUUUAGUAAAGAAAGGAGCUGGAAAACCUUUGUCAUUGACUUGCUAUUACACUGUUCCAGCAAAACCAUUCGCCAGUUAGCACAAGAGCAAUUUUUUUUAAUGUGUACCAGAUGUUGCAUGGGACAUCAGCCUCUUGUUUUCUUCAUUACUCUACUGUUUACCAUUUUGGGGAGCACAGCAAGAGAGAGGGGAAAACAUUCUAGUGAAUAUUUCACACUUCUAUGUCAGCUCCUUAAUUAUGCUUACAACAGUAAUAUUAAUGUGCCUGAUGCUGACAUUCUUCUUAACAAUGAAAUUGAUUGGCUCAAAAGAAUUAAGGAUGUUGUUAAAAAUACAGGUGAAACAGGUAUUGAAGAACCAAUUUUGGAAGGCCACUUGGGUGUAACAAAAGAGUUGAUGGCCUUUCAGACUCCUGAGCAAAAGUAUCACGUUGGUUGUAAAAAAGGAGGUGCUAAUCUUAUUAAAGAAUUAAUUGAUGAUUUCAUCUUCCCUGCAUCCAAAGUUUACCUGCAAUAUGUAAAAAAUGGAGAAUUGCCAGCAGAGCAGGCUGUUCCAGUCUGUGGUUCAUCCACUACUAUCAGUGCCGGUUUUGAACUGCUUGUAGCAUUAGCUGUUGGAUGUGUAAAAAAUCUCAAACAGGUAGUAGACUGUUUGACUGAAAUGUAUUACUUAGACAUAGCAGUAACUACUUGUGAAGCACUUAAUGAGUGGGAGUAUCUGCCACCAGUUGGACCACGACCACCAGAAGGAUUUGUAGGACUCAAAAAUGGUGGUGCUACAUGUUACAUGAAUUCAGUGAUUCAACAACUAUUCAUGAUUCCUUCUAUCAGAAAUAGUAUUCUUGUAAUUGAAGGUACAGGUAUUGAUUUAGAGGAUGAUAUGUGUGGGGAAGAAGAGAAGCAACACAGUGAGGUUAAUCUUGAACCUCGAGGUGAUGCAUUUGCAUAUCAAUUUGGAGACAAACCAGCAUUAAAUAAAACUGAAGAUAGGAAAGAAUAUAAUAUAAAUGUUCUAAGGCACCUUCAGAUCAUCUUUGGUCACUUAGCUGGUUCUCAACUGCAAUAUUAUAUACCCAGAGGAUUUUGGAAACAGUUCAGACUUUGGGGUGAACCUGUUAAUCUCCGUGAACAACAUGAUGCUUUAGAGUUUUUUAAUUCUUUGGUGGACAGUUUGGAUGAAGCAUUAAAAGCUUUAGGCCAUCCUGCUAUACUAAGUGAAGUCCUGGGAGGCUCCUUUGCUGAUCAGAAGAUUUGCCAAGGCUGCCCACAUAGAUACGAGUGUGAAGAAUCUUUUACGACUUUGAAUGUAGACAUCAGGAAUCACCAAAAUCUUCUGGAUUCUUUGGAGCAGUAUAUCAAAGGAGAUUUAUUAGAAGGUGCAAAUGCAUAUUGUUGUGAAAAAUGUGAUAAAAAGGUUGACACAGUAAAGCGCUUGCUAAUUAAAAAAUUACCUGCUGUGCUUGCUAUCCAACUGAAAAGAUUUGACUAUGAUUGGGAAAAACAAUGCGCAAUCAAAUUCAAUGAUUAUUUUGAAUUUCCACGUGAGCUAGACAUGGAACCUUACACAGUUGCAGGUGUUGCAAAACUAGAAGGAGAUAAUAUGAGUCCAGAGAGUCAGUUGAUUAAACAGAAUGAGCAGUUUGAAAAUCAGACAGUAAGAAGCACAAAAUACAGACUGGUGGGUGUGCUGGUACACAGUGGUCAAGCAAGUGGUGGACAUUAUUAUUCAUACAUCAUUCAAAGAAAUAAUAAAGACAUGCAGAAAGAACACUGGUAUAAAUUUGAUGAUGGAGAUGUAACGGAAUGCAAAAUGGAUGAUGAUGAAGAAAUGAAAAGUCAGUGUUUUGGUGGAGAAUACAUGGGAGAAGCACCUGAUCAUAUGAUGAAAUGUAUGUCAUAUAGGAGACAGAAAAGAUGGUGGAAUGCAUAUAUACUUUUUUAUGAAAGAAUGGACACAAUAGGUGAAGAUACAGAGAUGAUAAGAUAUAUAUCACAUCUGACUAUUACAAGACCCCAUCAGAUAAUUAUGUCGCCAGCUAUUGAGAGGAAUGUACGGAAGCAAAAUGUGCAGUUCAUGCAUAAUCAAAUGCAAUAUAGUUUAGAGUAUUUUCAGUUUGUGAAAAAGCUGCUUACAUGUAACAGUGUUUACUUAAAUCCUGGUCCAGGACAAGAUCACCUGUUACCUGAAGCAGAAGAAAUCACUAUGAUUAGCAUUCAGCUUGCCGCUAGAUUCCUGUUUACCACUGGAUUUCACACCAAGAAGAUUGUCCGAGGACCUGCCAGUGACUGGUGUAAUGUCCUGUGCAUUCUCCUCCGUCACAGCAAGAAUGUACGUUUUUGGUUUGUGCAUAACAUACUUUUCAGUGUGUCAAAUCGUUUCUCUGAAUAUCUUUUGGAGUGCCCUAGUGCAGAAGUCAGGAGCACGUUUGCAAAGCUUAUAGUAUUUAUUGCACAUUUUUCCUUGCAAGAUGGUUAUUGUCCUUCGACCUUUGCAUCUCCAGGACCUUGUAGUCAGGAAUGUUGUAACUUGAGUUUGAGUGAUCAUUUACUAAGAGCAGUACUAAAUCUCCUAAGAAGGGAAGUUUCAGAAAAUGGACAUCAUUUACAGCAGUAUUUCAAUUUGUUUGUGAUGUAUGCCAAUCUAGGCCUGGCAGAAAAGACACAGCUUUUGAAGUUGAGUGUACCUGCUACUUUUAUGCUUGUUUCUUUAGAUGAAGGGCCAGGUCCUCCAAUCAAGUAUCAGUAUGCUGAAUUAGGCAAGUUAUAUUCAGUGGUGUCUCAGUUAAUCCGUUGCUGCAGUGUUUCAUCAAGAAUGCAAUCUUGAAUCAACGGUAAUCCUCCUCUUCCUAAUCCUUUUGGCGACGCUAAUUUAUCACAACCCAUAAUGCCAAUUCAGCAAAAUGUGGCAGACAUUUUAUUUGUGAGAACGAGUUAUGUAAAGAAAAUUAUUGAAGACUGUAGUAAUUCUGAGGAGACCAUCAAAUUACUUUGUUUUUGCUGCUGGGAGAAUCCUCAGUUCUCAUCUACUGUCCUCAGUGAACUUCUCUGGCAGGUUACAUAUUCAUAUACAUGUGAGCUUUGGCCCUGUUUGGAUCUACUUCUGCAAAUUUUACUGAUUGAAGAUUCCUGGCAGACUCACAGGGACAAGCCAGGCCCCAAAACACCGCCUGUAUCUGAAGUUGUUAACAGCCUAGCAGCCCGACUCGGAGGUACAGGGGGCAGUCGGGGGACUUCCAGCCCAGCGGCUAAGAGACACGGCACCCGGCCGGGGUUUACAGAACCGGUCUCCCAAAAACUCCCAGAAGUGGAAGAUCAGACCCGGUUAGAGGAGCACAAAUGUGCCGAGCCGCACCCAAAACUUCAAUGGCUGAGAGGGAACCCUACUUAUAACAGUGUAUGCAUGCAACAACUUAGCAUUCGGAAAGAUGGGGAAUACCUCGUGUGCUCCACGUGGAGAUGGAGUACUGGGGAGCACGCGUCUGGGCUACGUCGUUGCUGGAUAGAGGCAGAUGCUAGUACAGUCAGGUCAGAUGAACUCAGGAACGGCCACGUGGAGGUAGAGAAUUCUGGAACUGGCAGGAGAAGGCGAGAUCAGGAACAGGCCGAAGAAGACGAAAGCAGGAACAGGCCGUUGGAGAUGAAUUCACAAACCAGCGGGCGGAUGGAGAUGGAUUCUGACGGCUGCUGA